AUGAUUGGCCAGACCGCGUUAUUGUGCUGUAGAAUCUGAAGUGACUGUUUGAGGGAUUAACGGCGACAAAGGAGUCCUGUAUAGGGUGGCAUCAUGACGACGCUGGAUGAUAAGAUUCUAGGGGAGAAGCUGCAGUAUUACUACAGCAGCAGUGAAGAUGAAGAGAGCGACCAUGAGGAAGACGAGAACGCACACAAAACCAUCCGUGACCAGGAGGUGCUGGACGUGGAGCUCGACUACAGCGCAGAUGGCAGUUCGGUCAACACUGGGCCGAAGGGAGUGAUCAAUGACUGGCGCAAAUACAAGCAGCUGGAGAACGAGCAGCGCAUCGAGCAGCAGAAAGAGAUGGAGAAACUGAUCAAGAAACUCAGCAUGACCUGCAAAUCCCAUCUGGAGGAAGAAGCCGACAAGCAGAAACAGAAGGAGCUGCAGGAUAAACUCACAGGCAAACUAAACCUGCGCGUGGAUGAGGAAGAGGAGGAGGAUGACGAUGAUGAAGCGUUCCUCCAGCAGUAUCGUCUGCAGCGGAUGGAGCAGAUGCGGCGGCAGCUGUGUGGAGGCAGGCGAUUUGAGAAGGUGAUGGACAUCUCUUCGGGAGAGGAGUUUCUGCGUGCCGUCGACGAGGAGGGAAAGAGCACGCUGGUGCUGGUCCACAUCUAUGAGCCUGAGGUGCCCGCCUGCCAGGCCAUGGACGGCAGCCUGCUCUGUCUGGCGCUGCAGUACCCGAUGGUGAAGUUUUGCCGGGUGCGCGGCUCGGCUGUGGGCACGAGCGCUCUCUUCCGCAGUUCAGCUUUACCCGCACUUCUGCUUUACCGUGGUGGAGAUCUGGUGGGAAAUCUGGUGCGUGUGUCUGAUCAGCUCGGAGACGAUUUCUACGCCACAGACGUGGAAGCGCUUCUGCAGGAAUAUGGCCUUCUGCCAGAGAAAUACGCACAGCCCAACACACACUCCUCCAUUCGCAACGCCGCGGUCACACACCCCGACGAUUCAGACAGCGACCUUGAUAUAGACUAAAUGCUUGCAAUCAGAUCUCUAUACACAUACAUGCAUACGCUGUACAAAAAGCAUAAUAAUAAUAAUAAGAGGCCAUCUGACAAAUUCAAAGUUUCUCUGGAUUUAUUGGAUGAGGUUUAGUAAAAGGCCAAAAAUGUACAUUUAUUCAGUGGUUAUAAAUAGAGUUUCUUUCUUCUGUUGAACACUAAAGAGGAUAUUUUGAAGAAAGCUCUAAACCUGUAACCAUUGACCUCCAUAGUAGGAAAAACAAAUACUGUUGCAGUGAAUGGUUACAGGUUUAGAGCUUUCUUCAAAAGAUCUUCUUUAGUGUUCAACAGAAAAAAGAAAGGUAGAAGAAAAAACAAAUACUGUGGAAGUCAAUGGUUCUGUUUUUCCUCAGAAAAAAAUAUCUUCUUUUGUGUUUAACAGAAGAAAGAUACUCAGCUUUGAGUUGAGUAAAUAAUGACAUCAUAUUUAAUUUUUGAGUAAACUAUCCCUUUAUUAUCUGUUUUAUUUUACUGACAGCAUUUCUUUCACAUUUCAAAUAAAAAUAUCGUCAUUUUGAGCAUUUUUUUGGUCAGAUUGUCGCUCAGAAUAACAUAUUUUGUUUGAAAACCUGGUUUAAUUGAUCAAAUGCUGAUUUCUUUACUCUUCUGAAGUUAAAAAAAAUAAUAGUAUUGGAUUGUUUUUAAAAUGACGAUGAAAAUUAUUAAAAAUGUACAAUUGCACCAUUUUUUUAUUUAUUGUAAAGCAAUCUAAAUGAUACCGUUAUUUCAAAGAAAUGUCGUCAGUAGAUUUCAAAAUAAAAGAAAAAUUAGACUUAAACAAAACAAAAAAAAAAGACUUUAAUCAAAACGGUCACACUUUACCAUAAGGUUUUGUUAGUUAAUAUUCAUCAUUUUCUGAUGCGUUAUUUAAAUCUUUAUUUAUUUUAGUUUAGAUUAGUUCAUGCACUAGGACAGGGGUGCCCAAAAAGGGGUGUCCUGCAUAUUUUAGUUCCAUUCCCAGCUAUUCCAUCUCUUUCUAGGUAUACUAGAAACUUUCAGGCAGGUGUAGUAAAGGAAGUUGGAGCUAAACUAUUCAGCACAUCGGCCCUCCUUGACUGAAAAUCUAAAUUCAUGCUAGUUUAGAUUAGUUCCGGAAUGUCAAACUCAGUUUCUGGAGGGCUGCAGCCUUGCACAGUUGUUUCAACCUGCUUUAAUACGCUUGCCUGUAGAUUUCAAACAAGCUAUUUAGGGUUGGAACUAAACUGCAAAGCUGUGACCCUCCAGGAACUGAGUUUGACAAACUUAACUGGAUUCCUUUAGGGCCGUAGCUCUGCACAGUUUUGCUCCAACCCUAUCAAACACAGCUGAUCCAAAUAAUCAAGGUGUUCAAAAGAGUCAUGAACACUUCAUUAGAUGGAUCACCUGUGUUUGAUUAGAGUUGGAGCAAAACUGUACAGAGCUUCGGCCCUCCAGGAAUUAAGUUUCAGACGAAUGCACUAGGACAAGGGUGCCCGAACUCUGUCCUGGAGGACCGGUGUCCUUCAUAUUUUAGUUUUAACCCCUGUUAAAUACACCUGAAUGAGCUAAUCAAGUGUGUUAAAGGAAGUUGGAGCUAAACAAUGCAGGACAUCGGCCCUCUAGGACUGAGUUUGGGCACCUCUGCACUAUGAGUUAACAUGACUAUCAAUGAAUAACUUUAUUUUCAUAACCUAACAUUAACAAAGAAGAAUAAAUAUGUUGCUUAAAUGUGUCUUUCAUUGUUUGUUCAUGAUAAAUGAAAUGGUAAAAACCAGGGGUGGGCAAACUCGGUCCUGUAGGGCCGGAGGGUCUGCACAGUUUAGCUCCAACUGUAAUCAAACACACCUGCUUAUAGAUUUCUAGCGAUCUUGAAGACACUGAUUGGCAUGUUCAGGUGUUUUUGAUUAGAGAUGGAGCUAAGCUAUGCAGGACGCCGGCCCUCCAGGGUUUGCCCACCCCUAGUUGAACUAAUUGAAUCUUAUUGUAAAGUGUUUUUUUUUCCAUAGCUGGGCAUUCUUAUAAACAUUCACAGUUGAUUCAGACCCAAUACAGUGACCAAACUACGGUUGCAGAAACAUGUCAGAUACACUAAUUUACACGAGAUUUCUGUACAAAUGUAAUGCCGCUGACGCAUCAGUUACUGGACCAAAACAGUAGAUAUCAUUCGAUGUAUGUAUGUGUGUGUGGGAGUCAUUUAAGACACUUCCAUAAUCAGGAGUGCUUCUUUAUGCAAGAAAAAAAAAAACCCUUCGGAGAAUCCUGCAUUAUUGCUUCAUUAUUUAUUGUAGCUUUAGGAUGUUGUGUUUGUUUACUUGUGUGUUUUCAUUCGGAGUACAUUCACUUUAGUUCACUUUGCCCUCUGUUAGUUUUAUACAUUUUGUAAACGUGUCUCCAUCAAAGACCAAUGCAAAAAUAAAAGCGUAUGAUUCUGAGUUGA